GCACGUUGCUUAGCAACGAGCUCCAUUCGCGGAGCAUGGCUGCCAGCUGAUGUCUGGUUAAACUUGCUGUUCAUUUUUUUUACCGUAAACGAGUACUUUAAAUAUUUUUACAUGUCAAUGGUUUAGAUUACGUUUGUUUACCCAUUUCUCUAGAGUAGAAACGUUCGAUCGAACAGGAAUAAGAAACAGGAGAAUCAUUUUCGAUCGCUUUCACAGAAGUGAAGUUGACCUAACCUUCAAAAACUUCUUAUAUUGUAUUCUUUUAGUGUUUAUCAUUGAGAUAGUACAAACGCUAGUUGAUUUUGUAUAGGCACAAUAUGUUCUGUGAUUUUAAGUUUAAGAAAAAGAAGUAGUAUUCUGUCUUUUAUGUCCUUUUUCUUACUGUAAUUUGAUAACAAGUAAACAUAACCUAACUACUACUUCAAAAGCACUAUGAGUAAAUAUAGAAAGAGGGAAUCCUCGAGCGAGGAUAGCGAUAGUGAAGAGGAGAGACGUAGGAAGGAUAUCAAAGAAAGAGAUGAAUUUGCUAGUAGACUUAAGGCAAAAGAUGAGAGCAAGAUACGGAAGGUUGCUAUGCCAGCUGGCUCUGGAGCAGCUGAGGCAGCAAAGAGGCUCAAAAUUAUGGAAACUGACAUGCGGGAGAAGUUAUUGCCAAAACUGCGUGUUGAAUCUCGUAGAAAAUAUUUGGAAAAGCGUAAGGAAGAUAAAGUGGCAGAAUUAGAAGCUGAUAUUAUUGAUGACGAAUACCUGUUUGAGGAAGAAGUCUUAACAGAGCGUGAAAGAAAAGAAAGGGAACAUAAAAAGCAGUUGCUGCAGUUAGCAAAAGAACAUGAGAAAGCUAGGGAACUUGAAAGGGUGCAAAGAUAUCAUAUGCCCUUGGAAAAGGGUAAGCUGGAACCAGAACCAGAUGUACAUGAAAAUGAACCACCACAAUCUGAACAAAGCAAGUGGGAAUCUGAUCAAAUGUCAUCUGCUGUUUUCCGUUUUGGUGCCAAGGAUAGAAAAGCACAACAAGACUAUGAUCUUCUAUUGGAGGACGAAGUCGAAUUCGUUCAAGCGCUGCGUAUGCCCGGCAGCGAAAGAGACAGGAAACGCGAGGAGAGUCCACCUCCUCAAGUGAAAGCUUUGCAAACUAUACAAGAAACAAAGAAGAGUCUUCCAAUUUACCCCUUCAGGAACGAUCUCAUUCAAGCCAUCAGAGAUCACCAGGUACUUAUCAUCGAAGGAGAAACGGGCUCAGGAAAGACUACCCAGAUCCCACAGUAUUUGUACGAGUCAGGAUUCGCGGAGAAUAACAAAAUAAUUGGUUGCACGCAACCAAGAAGAGUUGCUGCUAUGUCCGUAGCUGCUAGGGUCGCUCAUGAAAUGGCUGUGAAGUUAGGGAACGAAGUGGGUUACGCGAUCCGUUUCGAGGAUUGUACUUCUCAUCGUACUCGCAUUAAAUACAUGACUGACGGUACUCUGCAUCGCGAAUUUCUCAGCGAACCAGAUUUGGCUUCUUAUAGCGUGAUGAUCAUCGACGAAGCUCACGAACGCACAUUGCACACCGACAUACUUUUUGGACUGGUGAAAGACAUCACAAGAUUUCGGACAGACUUGAAACUCCUUAUUUCGUCGGCUACUUUGGACGCGACGAAGUUCAGUGAAUUCUUUGACGAUGCCCCGAUAUUUCGGAUACCCGGUCGACGUUUCCCAGUUGAUAUUUAUUACACUAAAGCCCCCGAGGCAGAUUACAUCGACGCUUGCGUGGUUUCCAUCCUUCAGAUACAUGCGACUCAACCUCCCGGCGACAUACUAGUAUUCUUAACAGGUCAGGAUGAAAUAGAGACGUGUCAGGAAAUGUUGCAGGAGAGAGUGAGACGGUUAGGAUCCAAAUUGGCGGAACUAUUGAUUUUACCUGUUUAUGCUAAUCUCCCAAGUGACAUGCAGGCGAAGAUAUUCCAACCGACUCCUCCUGGAGCAAGAAAAGUGGUUCUUGCUACCAACAUCGCGGAGACUUCUUUAACUAUAGAUAAUAUAGUAUACGUGAUAGAUCCUGGGUUCGCGAAGCAGAACAACUUUAAUUCUCGCACAGGCAUGGAGAGUUUGAUGGUUGUACCGAUCAGCAAAGCGUCUGCUAACCAGAGAGCUGGUCGAGCCGGAAGAGUAGCUCCAGGAAAGUGCUUCCGACUGUACACAGCUUGGGCUUACCAACACGAGUUGGAGGACAACACUGUUCCAGAAAUUCAGAGGAUUAAUCUUGGUAACGCAGUACUGACAUUAAAGGCGUUAGGCAUAAACGACCUAGUACACUUCGAUUUCCUGGAUCCACCACCCCACGAAACCCUGGUUCUUGCGUUGGAGCAAUUAUACGCACUAGGUGCUUUGAACCACCGUGGAGAACUGACAAAGCUCGGACGAAGAAUGGCUGAGUUCCCUCUGGAUCCCAUGAUGGCUAAAAUGUUGCUGGCCAGCGAACAGUACCGAUGUUCUGAAGAAGUAGCCACCAUUGCAGCCAUGCUGUCGGUGAACGGAGCCAUUUUCUACAGACCCAAAGAUAAGAUUAUUCACGCGGACACAGCUCGCAAGAAUUUCCACGUGCCUGGUGGCGAUCAUCUCACUUUACUGAACGUCUACAACCAGUGGCAACAAAGUGAUUUUAGUACACACUGGUGUUACGAAAACUUCAUUCAACAUCGUUCGAUGAAACGAGCUAGGGACGUGAGGGAACAACUAGUGGGUCUUAUGCAGCGGGUCGAAAUGGAUCUGGUUUCUGGGAUUACGGAAACUGUGAAUAUUCGGAAGGCUAUCACAGCAGGUUACUUCUACCACGUGGCACGAUUAUCGAAAGGAGGACACUACAAAACUGCAAAGCACAACCAAACAGUAUCGAUUCACCCGAACAGUUCACUGUUCCAAGAGUUACCCCGUUGGUUGCUUUAUCACGAGCUGGUUUUCACUACGAAAGAGUUCAUGCGUCAGGUGACAGAGAUCGAAAGCAAAUGGCUGUUGGAAGUAGCACCACAUUAUUAUAAACCGAAAGAGCUGGAGGAUUCGACGAACAAGAAAAUGCCAAAAGUGACGGGAAGAUCGCGCCCGGAUGGAACCAAUUAAUCGUAUAAUUAAUUAAUACUUGUAACAUUUAUAGCUUGUAUAAAAGUAUACUGUACAAAAACUGCGUCUUUAUAAUAUUAUUUUUUAAAUAAAGUUCAAACCAUGAAUAAAGUUAUGUAUUCUUGUAUGGUGAUUCUUGAUACUGUGAACGAUACAGGGAAAACAGAAUACAAAAAUCAAAUUUAGAAUUUGAGCUGUUGAGUUAUGCAAUACAGGAAUACAUUCCACGUUAAAGAUGUAUUAAAUCAUUA